GGAAGUUACAAUUGAUCCGAGAUUAGUACCUAAAGUUGGUAUGACAUUCAGUGGGGUGGAUGAAGCAUAUAAAUUUUAUAGUAGGUAUGCAUAUGAAGUUGGAUUUCCAUUGAAAAAGUAUAGGGAACGGAAAAAUUGUAAGUGGUUGAAUUGCUCGAUGGAAGGCAAAAGAUCAGUAAGGGGAAUAUCAAACCCAAAGGUACGUAGUACCAGUUCGAAACGGACACAAUGCAAGGCCGGUAUGAAACUUAAAAAAAUUUAUGAUGAUGCAAAAGAGACAGUUAUAUCAGUGCGUAUUGAUCUGUUGCACUUGGAUCAUAAUCAUGAAUUUUUUAAAAAGGAUACCGAAAAGAAUCAAUUACAAUGCAACAAGACGCAUGAUCCUGAAUACAUGGAGUUCAUAAGUUCAAUGCAAGAGAGUCGAAUCCCGCAACAUUGUAUUAUGGAUUAUGUAUCAGAAAUGCACGGUGGUCCUGAGAGUGUGCCUGUAACAGCACAGGACAUGUAUAACCUGAAAAAGGCAAAGCAACGAGAAAGAAAUGCAAAUGAUGUGGCAAAGCUACUAUCCUUUUUUGCAUCCUGCAAAAAGGAUAAUCCACAAUUUUUCUCUGACUUCCAAUUGGAUAAAGAAGGCAAGAUUUUAAGCAUAUUUUGGUCACAUGCAAGCCAGCAAGGGGAUUACAUUGAUUUUGGUGAUGCGGUUACAUUUGACACAACACAUAAGACUAAUCUGUAUGAAAAACCACUAGGUAUGUUUGUUGGUUCAAAUCACCACCUACAUUGCACUAUAUUUGCUUUCGCAUUGUUGGGGGAUGAAACUGUUGAUACAUUUGAAUGUAUCAAGAUCCUGCAAUGCCAGUAG